AAACAAUUUCACACUAGAGAUAAACCCAAUUUGUAACCAAAGUCUGUGUAACCAAGCAUUCAAUGGGGACUCCCCAAGCUUCGAAAAAAAAUUGCUAAAAUCUUGAAAAUCAACUUUUAUUUGUGUUCCUCCUCAACUAAACGAAUUGUAAACAUAUAUUUCGACUAUACGAGUACCCAGGCCGUGGUUCCGUUUAAUAAAUUAGCGGGUUCCAGCUAAAAUAUGUAGCCUGGUGGUACCGCGUAUAGCAGGUUCCGAUAUUUAAACAUUAAACCGAAAGAUGCGGUGGCCAGCAGUCGGUUUAUAUCAGUCGGGUGAGUAAAUCACUCUGACCUUUUGACGAAAAAUUUUUCAAAAAAAUAAUGCGAUACUAAUACAACAAUAAUAUGUGCUUUGAUAAUAGGACGCUAUUGUUAUGGAUUAUUUGUGCGAUCAAAAUGAGUUUUUGCUACGAUUGGAUUGAUGGUAAUAAUGCGACAUCUAAUAGGUUUUUAUCUGAUGAGGGUUCGGCAUGUCAAAAACUGGGUCUGGCUGGAAUUUGUAGGAAAGUCAACAAUUGUCCGAUAGCUUUGGAUGCAAUUAGACGUAAAAGACCGCACAAUCUGCUCCGGUGCGGUUUUGUUGGCAUUGACGAGGUUGUAUGCUGUCCCGAUUUGGCCGAAAGAAAUCCAGUAGAUGAUGAAACGAGCACCAUAGACCAAUUGACCGUUUGGUCCGAAUUACCUGUUACUAAAAAUCCUGUCGAUACCAAAACACCAAGCGGAAGGCUCAAAGCAAAGCGAAAAUGCGAAAUAAUGUGCGAAAAAAUCUACAAGGACAACAAUAUCGCUCCUGUCAUAGAUUUCCAUGUAUUAAAUGGGGAGGAUGCUAAAACAGGACAAUUUCCGCAUAUGGCAGCUCUUGGCUAUAAAGAUAAAGACGACAGUAGGAUUAUUGACUGGCGUAGAUGCGGUGCCUCCCUAAUUUCAUCACGGUUUUUAUUAUCGGCAGCUCAUUGCAGUUUUUGUAGCGAUUGCGAGGAUCCUGUUAAAGCUCGUUUUGGCGUUGUAGAUCUAAGAGAUGAUGCCUCAGCUCAAGACAUAGACGUAAAAUCGGUAACGAUAUUUGAAAAGUACAACGGAGCUUCGAGACAUAACGAUUUAGCUCUAGUGGAGCUUGUUAGAGAUGUUAAGACGAGUAGAAAUGUUUAUCCAGCUUGUUUGCACGUGCCAUCAGAUGAUCCAGAAGGAUUACUGGUUACAGGAUGGGGCCAAACUCAAGCGGACGACACCGAUAGUAGAUCGUUUAUUUUACAGUUUGCUGUUAUUCAACCUGUUGCAAUCAACAGGUGCAAUACUACGAUUUUGUCUAAGAGUCCAGCUAAUACGCUUAAAACUAUCGUUAAUUCUCAGAUAUGUGCCAUAUCGACUAGCGAUGCUUGCCAGGGUGAUUCUGGAGGACCUAUACAAAUUAUGACGAAAGGAGGAGGUUACGAUAUUGUCGGUAUCGUAUCGUAUGGGAUUCAAUGCGGCAGCACGGCACCUGGAAUUUACACAAGAGUUUCAGCUUAUUUGGACUGGAUUGAGGAAAAAGUUUGGCCGAGUUGAAACUGUGUAUUGUUAAUUAAAUAAAAUAUUUUGUUUUCUUUGCCUUUGUAUAUCUCAUUUGCCCCUUG